AGUUUUUAAGAUAUUCAUAUUCGCAAAGACAGUCACUUAUGAAGAAGUAUUUGGAACUCUUGCUGCGCCCCAAUCUCUUAUGCGCAACAACGAAUACCCACAAACAGGAAUAGAAACCCAUUUGGGACGUCACUCAGGUUCAAUGUAUCGCUUCUCAUCCUCUUGCCUUGUUACUCAGUACACAAUGGGAUAGAUAGUCUCACUCAUGAGCGAUGUAGAUUUUUAUAUAUAUGGAUCGCCUCAAGCCCCCCACAGCCCGACUGACAGGAACAGCCAUGGAGUGGAUCUCAUGGGGGAGCGUAUUAGGUGUAAUUGCUUGUCUUCCGGCUGAUGAAAUCGGUUCUAGCCCUGCAGGUACCGUGCAGAGAGCAUAUUCUUCAUUCCAUCAUUCCCGGAUCGGUGUUUUGUCAGAGCCUAUUAGAGCCUAAGGCAUAAACCACGUGACCUGACCACAACACCAAGGAAUC